AUGGCGACUCGCCCUGACUCUUCCUCAGACAUUCACGGGAAAACAAACGCCCUUCUUCCAUCAAACGACGGGAUAGCCACCCAACCACUCCCUUAUGAAAUCUUGGAAAACAUCUUCGACUCACUUGGCUACAUCCAACUACAUCUCGCAUUUUCGGAUAUAGAGCACACGAAUAGCAUAGUCCGCGUCUGCCGAUCCUGGAGAUAUGUCCUUGACACAUCGCCUCACCUCUGGGCUCGAGUUGUGAUCGACUUUGGGAUUCUGGAGGCCACACGGGAAGAAGAGCGGGUUUCAAGGUCGAAGUUCUCGAGGUUUCUUGCCAGAUGCUUCGAGCGCUCGAAAGACGCACUGCUUCUCGUAGAUAUUCAGGGACACAGGGAACCACCGCACCCUAAAAGUAUGGAGGCCUGGAGGGGGUUGUUUGAGUUGAUCUUCAAGGAGAGACAUCGAUUGACCGGCGCACUCGACUCCUAUUGCGUUCGCACCCUAUUUCCUUCACGUACGGAUGACGGCGACUGUUCAUUCCCUUUGGUCACAUCACUUCGCGCUAACUGGAUGGACUUUCUCCUGGGAUUCCCUUCGGUCGCCUUACCUGCCUUGCACACAUUGUGGUUGGACGACCUGCCCCGCUACAUGGAAAGGUUCAACCAUCUCCACCACGGCACCUUUGAAGACACUAUCGCAUUCAUGGACAAGUACAAACACCAGAUACAGACCCUCGUCGUCAGUAUACAGCACGGUCGUGACAGCCUUGUCUCUAAUUGCUCGGACGUUGCGGUAUUCCUAAUGGAGUGGGGCGAGGUUGUGAAAGAUCCCGCCCUCAAACGAUUAUGCAUCGAUAUAAAACGGCGUUCAACCAGCCAACACAUCUCGGUGGAACAUUGGGAGCGUCCGGGGUCGUCUAUUUUCCCCACAAUCGAAGAGUUAGAGAUCACGGGUCAACCGAGCACCAUUACCUCGUUUCUGACCUGGAUGGACCUCCCCCACCUUCGAAGGCUCGACCUUACCAUCAACCCCAGCGGUACUUGGUCACGCGAUCGAUGGUUGGAGGGAGAAUGGGCAGAGCUGGGACCCGCCCUCGUUGCUUUCGCCCGCCGCAAAAGCUCAAGGCAAAGCUUGCGGUCAAUAGUCAUCUGCAAUACGAAGUACCUCACGGUGAACUCGUCCACGAUGAUCCCUUUCCUCGAAGAAAUCGGGCCACUCCCAGAGCUUCGGGAUUUACAUCUACUCCCGCACCCCGACUUGAAGGUCCAGCCGGCUUCCAACCUUGAAGAAGGCGCAGCAGUCGUCACCCGACAACUAUUCCCCAAGCUUGCCCACGUCACGAUUUUCUAA